AUGACCGACUCACCCUUACCACGGAUUCCGCUGGACCCGAAGGAACAGCCGAUUCUCGAUAAGUUGCAAUCGAUACGGACAGAACUCGAACUUCUAAAGCGUGACCGGUCGACCUAUGUCAAGAGCCAGGAUGUCUUGAAGCUCUAUAAUCAAGUCAUUGAGCAGGUCAUUAUUCUCAAUGAAAUCCGGGUUACAAAGCCUCUUGAGCAGAACAAGGUUGACUACAUGCUUGAUGACUGCUUUCAACUCAUCUCACUUGCCUAUCUUACAGUCGGGAAGAACCAUGAACCACCCGCAGUGUAUUCUGGUGUGUCCACUAUAAAACGCCUGCUGGACCAUCUCAAAGAAGCCAUGUUCUACUCAUCCAAAGAUCUUGAAGCUAUAGACAACAACAUCAAGGACUGCCGGCGAUAUGUUGAGCGGGGACGCGAGGAGUACAGUCCGCAUCUGCUCACUCUCCUGGAUGCACGUAUCAAAGUUUGCGAAGAGCUCAUGGCAGAGCUCAAGCUCAGUCUUUCAGGACUUACGCCAGAGCUAACACCAAAGUGGGAGAAGCUAGUGUCCAUACUCCGGUCACUGGCCGGUUGCAAUACUAGAUCAAAGUUUCCUAACGAGGAAGUUGAUGAGUACCAUCGGGAGUUGGUGCAGCUACAGGAGGAGCUCAAAGAGUAUGGCAUACUCGCAUACGAAACGACGGGCACUACGGAAGAGAAACUUGCCGAGAUGGUCGACAAAAUGCAGCUUGCUGCGAAGACGCCUGAUCCUGCACCAGAUGCGAAGGCUCUGAUUGCGACCCUCCUGCGACGAAAUUUGCUGUGGGUAGACUUGAUCAAGUCAAAACAAGGGCGGCUAGCGCCAGCCUUCCAGGAUGUUUACAAUAAACUUGUCACAAUACGGAACAAGCUUGAAAAGCUCACGCUAACUCAGGCCUGGUCAUUACGUGAGACGGAUCUUUGGGACUACCAGCGCCAACUCGACCGGAUCGAUGAGGCGCGGGUGGACGGGAACUUUAUUGAUGCCCUGGGUCGGCCGUCAGAGAUCUAUGAGCAGAGAACAUUGCUCUACCUUUUACGGAAGAGCUACGCUCUGAUCUACCAGUUGCUCUUGACGUCGCAACCUGUCUCUGAAGCUCUACUCCCCACAUACAAUCAGCUGACAACACUCAAAAAGUGCUUGAUGGAUGUGAAGAAGCUUGGUGGUGUUUCUUCACCAAGAGAGCUAUACCCAUAUAGCAUGAAGUUGAACUCGAUCGACAACAUGCGUGUCGAUGGAAAAUUCAUGGUUGGAGAUGAGAUUCCCGAUGGUCAGGGACGCGUUACGCAAUUACUCGAAGAGUGCUUCGAUUUAGCGUACGAACUCCGAAACGACGCAGAAGACAACAGCUCCGCUGAAGCCACCCCCCAAAGUGAAGCAGCCAGCGAACCACUAGCUGCGUCAUGA